AUGUUAGAUGAUGAGUUAUUGUCAUCAUCAGCCACGGUUAUUGUUGAAGUUGUUUGGAAGCGAGGGCGGGGCGAGGAGGAGGAGGAGGAGGUGGAGGACCGGGAGCAGGAAGUCUCAUGCCUGGUUGUUGGUUUGCAAGUGGUGAUUUUGGACGAAAUGGAGGUGGCCGCCGUUCUCUCAGCUCCCACAGUUUGCUCCUUAAAAAAUGGGUCAGCCCUCUUAAAAAAGAAAAAAGAAAAAAAGGUUUAUUCCUCUAAACAUGCGUUCGCUCUCUUCUUCUUCCUCGCGCAGCAGCGCAACUUCUUCCAAAAAACCUUUGCUUGUAUCCAUAAGCGUUGUCCACAAAGGAAGAGGUACAAUUGCAGUGGAAUUAGAGACACAAAUUUGGGUUCUGUUGACUUGUUUGAUUUGAAUAGGAUUGUGUUGGAGUUUGAUGAUACUUAUGCUUAUAGACUGAGAAUACAAGCAAGCAUUUUUGAAGCAGAAUUGGCAGUAGAACACGUUGCAAAGAAUGAUAAUGAAGUUUUGACAAUUCGCGAGGAACAACAGCUCUUGUACGGGAACAGUGUAACUUGUCCAACUCUUCAGUCAUCUCCCAGUGCAACAAAUAGGCGUUCCUUUGACAUGAUGAGCACUUGUUUCUCUCCAGUUGUGCAAUCUCAGUCAUCUCCCAGUCUAAAGCUGCCGUUUGGUCCUGCCAUCCCAGAUUCCAUGUCACAAUGCAAGUCCGAUAGUGGAUUCUGAGGCGCAUGAAGGAACUUUGUUUUGAAUCCAAACUCCAAAAGCUAGCUCAAACUUUGGAGCUUUUAAUUUGAAUUGAAUCCACGGAUGCAGCUAGCAAGCUUUUUACGUCUGCCUUUGUUGCUGCUGCUGACUAUCUUUGCAGCUUUUGAGUUAAGUGUUUUUUUCUUCAUUAGAUAUCUUUAUUAAUCUAUUGAUAGUUAUAUUAGCAAAAGCAGCAGUCACGGGAACUGACAAAAUUGCCACUUUUUAUAUGCAAUGUAUGGAUGAGUUGGCCACUAAUGCAAUGGUUGGCAGCAAAGCAUGUCAUUCUUUCUCAU